AUGGCCAAGCAAGUUGCUAAGAAGGUGUCCAAGAAGGACGUGAAGAGCAAGAAGCAGGAGAAGGAGGCUGUCGCCGCCAAGAGCGAGUCUUCGUCCUCUUCAAGCUCCAGCGAGUCUUCUUCAAGCUCCAGCGAGUCUUCGUCGAGCUCCAGCGAGUCUGAGUCCGAGUCUUCAUCAAGCUCAUCGUCCAGCGACUCCGAGAGCUCUGAUUCAUCCAGCGACUCCGAGGAGGAGCAGGAGGUGAAGAAGGACACUAAGAAGGACACUAAGAAGGACACCAAGAAGGAGGCUAAGAAGGACUCCAAGAAGGACUCCAAGAAGGAGGCCAAGAAGGAGACUGUCAAGGAGGCCAAGAAGGGUAGCAAGAAGGCCGUGGCUCCUGAGUCUGACAGCGAGUCCGGCAGUGAGUCUGAUACCGAGUCCAGCGACUCUGAGUCCAGCGACUCCGACUCUAGCUCCAGCUCCGAAAGCGAGUCUGAGGCCGAGGCCGAGGCCGAGACCGAGAGCAAGAAAGCCAAGGAGAGCGCUACUUCUUCUAGCAGUUCCAACUCAUCCAGCGGCUCUGACUCCAGCUCUUCCUCUUCAUCUAGCGAGUCAGAAGGCUCUUCAUCCUCAAGCGACUCUGACUCCUCAUCUGAGGAGGAAGAGGCCAAGGAGAAGGACACUUCUUCCAAGAAGCGUAAGGCCGAAGAAUCCGAUGUUUCCGAGGAAUCAGAGGAUGCCACUGAAUCCAAGAAGGCUAAGACUGAGUCCAAUGGCGAGCCUGCCACCAUUUUCGUCGGAAGACUGUCCUGGAGUGUCGACGACGAAUGGUUGAAGACCGAGUUUGAGCCAAUUGGCGGUGUCAUUAGCGCCAGAGUCAUCAUGGAGAGAGGUACCGACAGAUCCCGUGGUUACGGGUACGUUGACUUCGAAAACAAAUUUUAUGCUGAAAAGGCCGUGAAAGAGAUGCACGGUAAGGAGAUUGACGGCAGGCCCAUCAACUGUGACAUGUCAACCAGCAAGCCUGCUGGCAACCCAAGAAACGACCGUGCCAAGCAGUUCGGUGACACCCCAUCCCAGCCUUCUGACACCCUAUUCUUGGGUAACUUGUCUUUCAACGCCGACAGAGACAACAUCUUCGAAACUUUCGCUGAGCACGGUGAAGUUGUAUCUGUCCGUCUGCCUACACACCCAGAGACCAACCAGCCAAAGGGUUUCGGUUACGUGCAGUAUUCCUCUGUCGACGAAGCUCAAAAGGCUUUUGAGGCUUUGCAGGGUCACUACAUCGACAACAGACCUGUGAGACUAGACUUUUCUACACCAAAGCCAAGAGAUGAAGGUUCUCGUGGUGGAUUUCGUGGUGGCCGUGGCGGCAGCCGUGGCGGUAGCCGUGGCGGUUUCGGCGGUGGCCGUGGUGGCUUCGGCGGUGGCAACAGAGGUGACUUCAAGCCAUCCGGUUCCGGCUCUAACUCUGCGCCACUUGGCAAAGGUAGACAGACUGCUGAGUUCCAAGGCAACAAGAAGAAGUUCGACUAA